CGCGUCCUGCAGAAGAGGAGCCCGGGUCCCUGGAGUCUGCAGCCUCCGCCUCAAAGCCCCGCAGCGGGCGGCGCGCCGGGCGAAACGCCCCUUUUGCAUUCAAAAAGCUGCCUUUGUGCAAAGGCGAAGGGAAGGAGAGACACUUCCUUACAAGCUUCUGGUGACCCAGGGCGACUGGCCCUGCCCAACCUGCAGACAUUUUGGAAUGGAGGCCGGAGAGGAAGGCCGAGGAGGAAAGAUCCCUCCGCGGACACCGGUGGGAGCGGUUCCCCGAGCGCGCGUGGUCCCUGGGCGCAGUUCGCACGGGGCUGCCUGGAGUCUCGCGGCGGCGCGGUGGCGCGGGCUGUCCCCGGACUCAAGAGCCUGGUGACUGUUCAAGCUGGUCUUUGCAUUUCCAAGAGGCCGAGUCAAGGUCGGCCGCUGCCGAAGGGGCUUCCACGCUGUGCUGAAAAUAUCAUAAUACUCCGGUCGGGCGCCUGGGCGCACGCCUGUCAUCGCGGCGGCUGGGGAGGCUGAGGCAGGAGGAUGGCGAGUUCAAAGCCAGCCUCAGCCACUGCGAGGCGUAAAGCGACGCAUGGAGACAGGGACGAAGUCGGGGCGAUCCUCCAGCCGAUUCGCUAGCCGCGUACACUUUUUCUGAACGGAGAGUCCUGCCGAUUGGAAACCUGUGCACCUCAGUGCCCUGUGCUCCCCCGAGGCUGCUGCUGACCCUCCUCCUCCCUGUGCUGCUGGGACCGUCCUCCCUGGGGACCCGGGAGCCACCAGAUGUGCCAACUGAGUCACCAUCUCCCCGUCUCAACCUGAAAUUUGACCCGAGGGCAAUGAGGCUCAGUUGGAACUGCCUAGAAAAUUCCACCAGCUCCAGAUGCUUCCUGAUUCACAAGGAAAAUGGGAAAAUCGAGCACAGGCCCAGGCCCGGGGACUGCCAGUGUACCUUUCGCCGCCUCUCUCUGCACGGAGGAGUGACCCUGCGGGUCAGCGUCGCCGUGGGCCAGAGGACCCUGCGGGAAGAGCUGCUCUAUGCCAACCCAGGCGCCGAGGGCACGGCCGCCCGGGGCUUCUCCUGCGUCAUCUACCGCGCGGACUUCAUGAACUGCAGCUGGACGCAGGGCCCGGCCGCCCCCAGCGAUGUCCAGUAUUUUCUGUACAUAGGAGACACUGAGAGAAAAAACGAGACCGAAUGUCCCCAUUACAUGCAAGACUCGGGGACCCACCGGGGCUGCCACCUGCAAGACCUCUCCGCCUUGCCCUUCAACGCUUUCUUCCUGGUGAACGGGACCAGCCGGCAGGCGGAAAUCCAGUUCUUGGACUCGAUUUUGUCAACAAAGGAGAUCGAGCAGAUCAGUCCGCCGGACAACGUCAGCGUGGCCUGCAACGCCUCGCACUGCCUCGUCCAGUGGGACCAGCCCCGGACCAGGGCCGGCCUGUCCGACGGGGACUUCCAGUACCAGCUGGGCAUCUGGAGACAGAACGCGGAGGCCCUCAGCGAGGACCCAGUGGUCGUGGCCGGGGACGUGCAGAACCGGUACCUGGUGCCCAGCCCGGGGCCGGGGGCCAGGCACACCCUGAGAAUCAGAGCGGCCGACGCCCGGGGCGGAGCGUGGGGGGCCUGGGGUCCGCCCGUGGACUUCGGCUCCCAGGGACCUGAAGCCAGUCUCCUGCACGUCUACCUGCUGGUGGUCCUGGGGACCCUGGUCUGCGCCCUGGUCCUCGGCUGCCUCUUUAACAGGUUCCACGGGCUGCGUGGUCUCUUCCCCCCGAUUCCUCAGAUCAAAGACAAAGUCAACCAAAACCAUCAGAUGAACUGGGAAGAUCUGGCCACAGGAGUCGGGAAAGAGGAUCACGAGGAGGUCCUGGUGGUCGAAGAAGUGUCCUGAGCUGCGGGUGGAAGCGGGAGGGACGCGUCCACCCCAGAGCGAGGAUGCAAGUCCUCUCCUUGUGUUCUUCCACGUUUGGCGCCUCUGUGUCGCUUUCUAUUUGUUUUAUUUUUACUUGUUGGGAAAGAAAAAGAAACCUGGUGUUUUU